AUGGUCAAAGAUCUCGAUUCAUUCUACUUCCCCUUGGCAGAAGAGCUCGUUCUCCUGACCAAAGGCAUGAGGACCUAUGAUGCCUCGAAGCAUGAGUUCUUUACCUUGGACAUGCCAGAAACCAGCCAUGCAGAUUUUGCAAUAUCAGUUCAGCCCAUGCAAAUGGGCACAAAGGCAUACCUCUCAACCAACAAUCCUUUUGUUCCUCUUCAUCUACAGCUCCGGCCCAGUAUGAUCCACUGA